AUGCGAAAAUUGUUAAAUAAGGGUGACGCUAUUGGAAGCAACCGCCCACUGGAUAGGAACCAGUCGUUAGUAAAGCCACGUGGUGGCGCAGCGAAAUUGUUAAAUAAGUGUGGCACUAUUGGAAGCAACCGCCCACUGGAUAGGAACCAGUCGUUAGUAAAGACACGUGGUGGCGCAGCAAAAUUGUUAAAUAAGGGUGGCACUAUUGGAAGCAACCGCCCACUGGAUAGGAACCAGUCGUUAGUAAAGUCACGUGGUGGCGCAGCAAAAUUGUUAAAUAAGGGUGGCACUAUUGGAAGCAACCGCCCACUGAAUAGGAACCAGUCGUUAGUAAAGUCACGUGGUGGCGCAGCAAAAUUGUUAAAUAAGGGUGGCACUAUUGGAAGCAACCGCCCACUGGAUAGGAACCAGUCGUUAGUAAAGCCACGUGGUGGCGCAGCAAAAUUGUUAAAUAAGGGUGGCACUAUUGCAAGCAAACGCCCACUGGAUAGGAACCAGUCGUUAGUAAAGCCACGUGGUGGCGCAGCAAAAUUGUUAAAUAAGUGUGGCACUAUUGGAAGCAACCGCCCACCGGAUAGGAACCAGUCGUUAGUAAAGCCACGUGGUGGCGCAGCAAAAUUGUUAAAUAAGGGUGGCACUAUUGCAAGCAAACGCCCACUGGAUAGGAACCAGUCGUUAGUAAAGCCACGUAGUGGCGCAGCAAAAUUGUUAAAUAAGGGUGGCACUAUUGGAAGCAACCGCCCACUGGAUAGGAACCAGUCGUUAGUAAAGCCACGUGGUGGCGCAGUAAAAUUGUUAAAUAAGUGUGGCACUAUUGGAAGCAACCGCCCACUGGAUAGGAACCAGUCGUUAGUAAAGCCACGUGGUGGCGCAGCAAAAUUGUUAAAUAAGGGUGGCACUAUUGCAAGCAAACGCCCACUGGAUAGGAACCAGUCGUUAGUAAAGCCACGUAGUGGCGCAGCAAAAUUGUUAAAUAAGGGUGGCACUAUUGGAAGCAACCGCCCACUGGAUAGGAACCAGUCGUUAGUAAAGCCACGUGGUGGCGCAGUAAAAUUGUUAAAUAAGUGUGGCACUAUUGGAAGCAACCGCCCACUGGAUAGGAACCAGUCGUUAGUAAAGUCACGUGGUGGCGCAGCAAUAUUUUUAAAUAAGUGUGGCACUAUUGGAAGCAACCGCCCACUGGAUAGGAACCAGUCGUUAGUAAAGCCACGUGGUGGCGCAGCAAAAUUGUUAAAUAAGUGUGGCACUAUUGGAAGCAACCGCCCACUGGAUAGGAACCAGUCGUUAGUAAAGCCACGUGGUGGCGCAGUAAAAUUGUUAAAUAAGUGUGGCACUAUUGGAAGCAACCGCCCACUGGAUAGGAACCAGUCGUUAGUAAAGUCACGUGGUGGCGCAGCAAAAUUGUUAAAUAAGGGUGGCACUAUUGGAAGCAACCGCCCACUGGAUAGGAACCAGUCGUUAGUAAAGCCACGUGGUGGCGCAGCAAAAUCAUAG